UUUAGGGGAAUGCGCUCAAAAAAUAGACAAUCAAAAUCAUCAAUAUAUCAUGUUAUUAUUAUUCUUAGUAUGUAUCAUGCUCAUGGAUUAGUGUGUGUACACGACGGGUUGGACCCCUGUUCAUUGAUCAUCCACGUCUUGUGUGUAUGUGGGCUACGUACGUGCGUCCGCCUUUAUAAAGGGGAUCAGGGAGGGAGUGCGCGCAGACCUCAGCAGCAGCGCAGAUCACACGUCUGCACCGCCGGGCGAGCGACACGGGACUGAUGGAAAGGAUUAUUUGAUCAUUUUGUACAAAGAGACUUAAAACAUCGCUCUUUUUUUUUCUUUUUCUUUUCAAUAAUCGGCUUUUUUUUUGUUUUGAUUGGUUUAUUCUCUUCAAGAAACCAUCACAGAUCGACUAAAAGCAUAAGAGAAAAUGAUGAACAACCGAGAUCGCUGGAGGGUGUACAAGAGGGUGAGUGUCAUGUUUUUCCUCGCUGUGGUGGCACUAACUGUUGUCCAGAGAGGCAGCAUCAAUAUGGGGACUCCCUUUGAACUCGAGAGGCAGGCACGCAUGGAGGUGGAAAGAGUGCAGUCUGCAACUGCUCUUGGAGAGAAGACUGGCUUGUACCACGAGAUAAAAAGCUUCUGGAAGUCUAGUAAACACAAACUGGUUCCUAAAGUUCAGGCCACCACAGAGGAGCCUAUGAUCACUGAGGGCAGCAGCCCCAGAACCUGGGAUGUAACCAGUUCCAACUGUACUGCCAACCAUAACCUGUCAAGUCAGGACUGGUUCAGGAGCCUGGAGCAAAAUUUCAAGCAGUUCAUGCUUUAUCGACACUGCCGAUACUUUCCAAUGCUCCUCAACCACCCAGAGAAGUGCACAGGGGACAUAUAUUUGCUCAUGGUAAUAAAAUCUGUGGCAACUCAGCAUGAUCGCAGGGAAGUCAUCCGAAAAACCUGGGGCAAAGAACAGGUGGUUGACGGCAAGAGGAUUAAAACUCUCUUCCUUAUUGGUAAACCUUCCAAUGAGGCAGAAAGAGCAAACCAUCAGAAGCUAGUAGAGUACGAGGACUACAUCUACAGGGAUAUUCUCCAGUGGGACUUCAUGGAUAGCUUCUUUAACCUCACUCUUAAAGAGACUCACUUCCUCAAGUGGUUCCACACUUACUGCCCCAGAGUACGUUAUAUCUUCAAAGGGGACGAUGACGUCUUUGUCAGCGUGGAGAACAUCUUUGAAUAUCUAGAGAGCACCAAUCAUGCAAAGAACCUGUUUGUGGGGGAUGUGAUUUUCAAGGCUAAGCCCAUUCGUAAAAAGGAAAACAAAUACUAUAUCCCCCAGGCUUUGUAUAAUAAGACACACUACCCUCCUUAUGCAGGCGGGGGUGGUUUUCUGAUGGAUGGGACCCUGGCAAGGAGGCUUCACUGGGUGACAGACACCCUGGAGCUCUACCCCAUCGAUGAUGUCUUCUUGGGCAUGUGUUUGGAGGUGCUUCAGGUCACUCCUAUAAAACACAAUGCCUUUAAGACGUUUGGCCUGGUGAAAAAUAAGAACAGUAAACUAAACAGAGAACCCUGUUUCUUUAGGAGCAUGAUUGUGGUGCACAAGCUGCUCCCAUCGGACCUCAUGCACAUGUGGAAUCUGGUCAACAGCGACCUGGUCUGCUCGCAAAAAGUGGAGAUCCUAUAGCUCGAUGGGUAACACCAGGUGAAGACAGCGCCAACAAGAUGAGCUGCACCUCGGUGGAUACUAGUAUGAUGCAUGAGUCAAAGGCAGACUUCCCAGUAAAAUCUCCUUUAUGUGGAGAAGGACUGUGGGCAAUAUUUCAAUUUGCUGUUUCUGUGCAGUAAUGCAAUUUUUUUGAGGAUUUUUCUCAAACAUCAAAGUAAAUUAUAUAGAGUUUUUUUUUUAUUUAGAAUUGUGUAUUUAUAUUGGCAUUGUGAAGAACUCACACUGUCAGCAUGCAGAUUCAGAAACAAUGACCAAAGGUGAGCUGCUACAUCAAUGGGAGGACAGCCCCCUCCCCAGCCCCUUUUUGUGGCCAACACCUAUAUUUGUUCUUCGAUACGGUGGUGGUUUUUCAUUGGCCAGUAACCAGUAGUAACCUGUAGUCUUGUGGCAGUGGCAGCUGGCACCAAACCACCAAGGAUAGCAAACCCAUUAAUGUGAAUACACAUCAAAAAAGUGAAAAAAAUAUAUAUAUAUAUUGUGAGAACGAGUGGUAAACAAAACCAUGAAUAUGUUUUAUUUUCUUUAGCAUAUUGUGCUUUCGGAUAUGUCGGAGGGAAAUAAUGUUUGACUUAGUUUAAUCUUGAAAAUAUAUGGGUGCACAGCCUGUAGAUAUGUUAGCAUUAUGGGUUUGUAUUAAGUGUUACACACUGCCUUCACUCUGACCGGUAUGGCAUGCUGUUGAGGCUUCAAAUAGCUUCAAGUAAGAGAAAGAAACAACUCUCUCUACCUCAGUGAUUUGGUUAAGAAACUUCAUUUUCAUCAUUGGUCACCUUGUGUAACCAUGAUUCUGUUAUCUUCACAUGGAUUACAUCUUCCUAAAGUAAGAUUUAAAUCACUUUUUGUACCGUAGAGGUCCUUGCACUCGUUUUUUUUUUUUUUUUUUUUUUUUUUUGGGGGGGGGUGUGUGUGACUGACUUGAUCUGAUGUCUACUACUCCCAUACUACUGUAAAUUUAAAAAGGAAAUGUCUAAACUACUUGUAUGCUGUCUGUGGAUUUGAAUGUGCUGAUAUACUUGACAUGGAUUUGGUAGAGGGUUUACAAUGACACUGUGAACUAAAACUAUUGCUGGUACGAGUUUAUGAUAUGUUAAUUUAAUCAUACCCCAAUAAAAGGGGGUAAUGUGGGGUCCUUCUAUUUAAUUUAAAGCAUCAGAUGAGGAUUAGUAAUGAAAUGUUCAAUGACUAUAAAGCUGAAUGUUGUGGGUGUAGUGGGUGAUGAUUAUGUCUAGGUGAUGUAAAUAUCUGUAAAAAUCAAAAUGUACAUAGAAUGUCACUUGUAAAUAAACAUCUCGACAAUACUGUCGUCUUUGAAAAUCUG